AGCCAGGGUGGGAACCCUAACUGGACUCUUCCGGACCCCCAGGAAGGACCUGAGGCCUGAGCCAUCCUCCUUUCUGCUCUGCCUGCCCCCCAGGACUGGGCAGUUGCCAGAGGCCCUGGGGGGGGGCCCAGGACUGUGGUUGUGCCCCCCCCCACGCCCCGACAGGAUGGGACCAAGUUAGUCUGUGCAGUCUUACCCAGCACCUCCCAGGCCCAGAGAGAACCCCCAGGGCUCUGAAAGCUCGACCUGCCACCUGACUGCUAUGGAGACGAAGCUGCCCCCUGCAAGCACCCCCACCAGCCCAUCCUCCCCUGGGCUGUCACCGGUGCCCCCACCCGACAAGGUGGACGGCUUCUCCCGCCGUUCCCUCCGUAGGGCCCGGCCCCGCCGCUCCCACAGCUCCUCUCAGUUCCGCUAUCAGAGCAACCAGCAGGAGCUCACACCGCUGCCCCUGCUCAAAGAUGUGCCGGCCUCUGAGCUGCAUGAGCUGCUGAGCCGGAAGUUAGCCCAGUGUGGGGUGAUGUUUGACUUCUUGGACUGCGUGGCCGACCUCAAGGGGAAGGAGGUGAAGCGGGCAGCACUCAACGAGCUGGUGGAGUGUGUGGGGAGCACCCGGGGUGUCCUCAUCGAGCCUGUCUACCCAGACAUCAUCCGCAUGAUCUCAGUGAAUAUCUUCCGGACUCUGCCGCCCAGUGAGAACCCUGAAUUUGACCCUGAAGAGGAUGAGCCCAACCUUGAGCCUUCGUGGCCCCACCUGCAGCUGGUAUAUGAGUUUUUCCUGCGUUUCUUGGAGAGCCCCGACUUCCAGCCCUCCGUGGCCAAGAGAUAUGUGGACCAAAAGUUUGUCCUGAUGCUGCUGGAGCUAUUUGAUAGCGAGGACCCCCGGGAGCGUGAGUACCUCAAGACCAUCCUGCACAGGGUCUAUGGCAAGUUCCUGGGUCUCCGGGCCUACAUCCGCAAACAGUGCAACCACAUCUUCCUCCGGUUCAUCUAUGAAUUUGAGCACUUCAAUGGUGUGGCUGAGCUGCUGGAGAUCCUAGGAAGCAUCAUCAAUGGCUUUGCGCUGCCCCUGAAGACGGAGCACAAGCAGUUUCUGGUUCGCGUCCUAAUCCCCCUGCACUCUGUCAAGUCGCUGUCUGUCUUUCACGCCCAGCUGGCAUACUGUGUGGUACAGUUCCUGGAGAAGGAUGCCACUCUAACCGAGCACGUGAUCCGGGGACUGCUCAAAUACUGGCCAAAAACCUGCACCCAGAAGGAGGUGAUGUUUCUGGGGGAGAUGGAAGAAAUUCUUGAUGUCAUCGAGCCGUCCCAGUUUGUGAAGAUCCAGGAGCCCCUUUUUAAGCAGGUGGCUCGCUGUGUUUCCAGCCCCCAUUUCCAGGUUGCAGAGCGGGCUCUGUAUUUCUGGAACAAUGAGUAUAUCCUAAGCCUCAUUGAGGACAACUGCCACACUGUGCUGCCUGCUGUGUUUGGGACCCUCUACCAAGUCUCCAAGGAGCACUGGAACCAAACCAUCGUAUCGCUGAUCUACAAUGUGCUCAAGACCUUCAUGGAGAUGAAUGGGAAGCUGUUUGAUGAGCUCACAGCCUCCUACAAGCUGGAAAAGCAGCAGGAGCAGCAGAAGGCCCAGGAGCGUCAGGAGUUAUGGCAAGGUUUGGAGGAGCUGCGGCUACGCCGGCUACAGGGGACCCAGGGGGCCAAGGAGGCUCCCUUCCAGCGGCUUACACCCCAGGUGGCCACCAGUGGGGGUCAGAGCUAGACAGCACCUCAGAAGAGGAGAAGCUAAACCCAGAGCUGUCAGUCCCUCUAUCCCUUCUCCUGUCCAGGGGCCCAGAGAGAAACACACCUACCCCUGGCCUUGCCAGAGUGGCUUCUGAGGACUCCCUGCCCGGCCCAGCUUUCACUGGGGGGAGAGGAGGAGAGGCGAUGGUGGUCUUGGCAACAGAAUGCUCAGCCCCUCGUGGCAGGACUUGACAAGGGCAAGCUUGACCAGGAAGCUGCCAUCAGGGAUCUUCCCCUGCCCCGCAAAGCUGGGCUCCAGGCUGCAGGCAGGCUCCCACCCUCUGCUCCUGGCCUUGGGCAAGGGCACUCAGCGCCUCGCCUGCCCCUGCCUUGGCCAGCACGAGGUCUUUCCUCAUCACUAUGGGGUCCAUGGUCUAUUUAUUCUCUCCCAGCUCACCCUCUACAAAGACACUGUCCUGGGGGCACACUCCUUCCCUCCCUCGCUGUGUACUUCCUUGUCCCCUUUUUAUUUAUUGGGCAGGGGGAGGGUGAGGGCACAGGCAAGAAGAGAUUCACAGUGUCCUGGGGUAAGGGGGGGGUCAUAGUAAUCAUGGUCUACCCUCUUUCCCUGGCUGGGGGUAGACUUAAUAAAGAGAGAAACUCAA